AUGGCCGGUUUGGACGGUGAAAGGAUGAGUAAAUCUGAUGAUAAGAUUGCUUUGCCAAAAAGAAUAUCCGAACCUGGUACAAAUGGAGGCGUAUUGGAUAGAAUUAACAAGCGCUCCAACCUGAAGUUGGUUGGUACAGUUGAAAACGUUUUGGGCAGAGAAUUCAAUAAGCUUGAAGAUUCAUUCUUGGCUCCGAGUACAAAGCUUACUGCUGAUCAGAGAUUAAGGUUGGGAGCUACAAUCCUUGUGGAAGGGAUAUUAAUGGCAAGCAAUCCAGUGACAAAUAUACCAGAAGAGCUUCUGCUUAGAGCUAGAAAUUUCAAAGAGUUUUGCAAGUAUCCCUGGGGGAAUUUGGCCUUUGAUUAUUUACGGAAAGAAGUGGAGAGCUUUACCUAUACAAAGUUGACGGAGAAAGAUCAAUAUGCGAUUUGUGGCUUUAUAUAUCCACUUCAGCUAUGGGCGUUAUCUUCUGUGAAUCAACCAGGCACGUUCUUUGGUAUUAGGAAUGAUGAAAUUCAGUUUCCCUUGUGCUUGCAUUGGAUAGAAACCAAAUCGCUUACUAUUGAAGAGGUUAACAGAUUCGACAAAAUGGAGGAGGUUGAUGUCAAAUGUAUCUUUGGAGAUCCCGAAUUGCAUAACGACUUGGUUGAAGAUGUUGACAGUGAAUUUGGAAGAGUUGUCGAUCUUGUCAAAAGAGGAUAUCGUUUGAAGAGACAAGAUUGGCUUAAUGGAAGUGUCGACAUUGCUGUUGCUGAAGCUGAAGUGGACGAAAAUAAUUCUGCUCCUGGGAUUGAUGCAACUGGUCAAGAAAAGAUUGAAUUCCUCACUAAGAUGGUAGUGUCUCUUGAAGAAAAAGUGAAGUACCUUGAAGGUCUUUUGAACAUUCGUGGAGAAACAGUGAAGGAAACUGAGAAGUCAAAAGAAACUGAAGCCGACACAAAAACCAAGGUAUAUGGACAGAAUGCCGAUUAUGAAUUUGAUGAAACAGAAUUUUUACAAAAUUAUAUAGAUGCCAAAAGACAGGAAAUCGCUAAGGGAAAGAAGAAUGGUGUAAGACCUCCACGUGAAGUAGAUCAUCAAGAUGAAGAUGAUAUAGAAGUCGAACACGGGGCUAAAGAAAGUGACACAUCAAAAGUCAAUGAACCACAAGAAGAAAAUGAACACCACGAAGAAGAUGAUACAGAAGUCGAUGUGGACGACAGUGCUAAAGGGAAUGAAAAUUCAGAAACAAAUAAAGGACAAACACAAGAGGAAGAGGAACAACAACAAGAAGAUGACACAGAAGUCAAUGCAGAUGUCGACGUCGGUGCUAAAGAGAGUGAAAAUUCAGAAACCAAUGAAGAUGGAGAAGUAAAUGAGGAUGCAUUUAAAAAGCCCGUGAAGGUUACAAAGAAACGUGGAAGAGGAAAUAAGGGAAAGAAGAAAAGUGUAAAACCUCCACGUGAAGUACAACAACAAGUAGAAGAUGAUGCAGAAAUCGGUGCUAAAGAGAGUGAAAAUCCAGAAACCAAUGAAGAUGGAGAAAUGAAUGAGGAUGCAUCUAAAAAGCCCCUGAAGGUUACAAAGAAACGUGGAAGAGGAAAUAAGGGAAUGAAGAAAGGUGUAACACCCCCACGUGAAGUACAACAACAAGUAGAAGAUGAUGCAGAUGUGGACGAUGAAGAAGUAAAUGAAGAUGCAUUUAAAAAGCCCGUGAAGGGUACAAAGAAACGUGGAAGAGAAACUAAGGGAAUGAAGAAAGGUGUAGCACCCCCACGUGAAGUACAACAACAAGUAGAAUAUGAUGCAGAAGUCGAUGCUAAAGAAAGUGAAAAUCCAAAAACCAAUGAAGAUGGAGAAGUGAAUGAGGAUGCAUCUAAAAAGCACGUGAAGUUUACAAAGAAAUGUGAAAGAGUAACUAAGUUUUAG